UUUCCGCCCGAUAGCACAAGCGAGUCCGUCGUGUGAAUGACUUUGUGCCGGCGGGAUCUCUCGGCCGCAGCCUCGGGUUUCUCCGUGAGCCGUCAUAUUUGCAAGAGGACGCCGCUCUAAAUUCGAAAUGAAGCACCUUAAUGCAUCGCUAGUUGCGUGGCGGAAUGCAGCUGCACUCGCGAGGCCGUACUCGCAAGCGGUUGUCGCCUCCGUGGAAGAUGCGAAACCGACAAGUGUCAAGCCGAAGCCCUUCAGCGAGGUUCCCAGGGUUCCCUCACUGCCAUUGGUUGGAAGUUCGUGGAUGUACUGGCGUCUUGUGGGCAAGUACCACCCGGACCGGCGGCACCUCGCGGCCGCGGACAUGUACCGCAAGUACGGCCCUGUGGUAGCCGAGCGCCUGCCAGGCCGCUACUCGUUGGUACACCUCUUCAAUGCCGACGACUUCCGGACGCUGUACCAAGAAGAAGGCAAAAUGCCCUUUCGUAUGGGGGCCACAGCAUUCAAGAGGUACCGUGAGAGCCGGCCUCAGUACUACGCCAACGUCGGUAUCCUCAAUUUGCAAGGCCAGGAGUGGUACAACGUCCGCUCGAAGACGCAGCCGUACACGCUCCGACCACGCACAAUCAUGUCCUAUGUGCCCGGCAUGGACCUGAUUGCUGAGGACGCCCUGCAGCUCAUCGAUAAGACGCGAGACGACAAGAAAGAAGUGGAUGACUGCUACACGAUACUCUACCGUUGGGCACUCGAGAGCGUGAUGCUGGCGUCGGGUGACACGCGAGCAGGCUGCCUGGCACAUCCGCUUCCCCCCGCAUCAGACGGCGCAGGUUUCCUGAAAGACAUGGACGACGUGUUCGCCUGCGUGCAGAUAUUUGGCUACCGGUUCCCGUACUUCCGCUACUUCCGCACGCCUACUUGGCGCAAGUUUGAGAAGGCCAUGGAUGCGUUCACCCUGCGACUUUUCAAGCACAUCCAAGAGGCCGCGAACCGGCUUAAGACAAGGAAGAGCGACCAAGAAUACACCAUCUUGGAACACUUGUUGGUGGAGAAGAAACUGGGCUUUGGUGAAAUACUUUCCUUCAUGAGCGACUUCAUUAUGGGUGGCGCUGACACGACGUCAAGCUCUGCCACUUUUUGCCUCUACAACUUGGCAAAGAAUCCGGAAGCGCAAGAAAAGGCCCGCAAGGAGGUGUUGUCUGUCGUGGGUGAAAACUGUCGCGCUGUGGAAUCCCAGCAUCUCAGUAACUUGCCAUACGUGAAGGCUUGCCUCAAGGAAUCGCUCAGGUUAAACCCAGUGCUGUCCGGUGUCUUCCGUAAGCUGGACCACGAUGUCGUCAUGUCUGGCUACACCAUUCCUGCAGGUACACCAGUGUUCACGGAAAACUACGUUGCGAGUCAGUUGGAGGAGAACUUUACCAAAGCACACGCGUUUCUUCCGGAGCGCUGGCUGAAAUCCGAAGAGCAGCGUGACGACUGGACCCUACACCCUUAUGCGUCCUUGCCGUUCAGCUUCGGCCCACGCAUGUGCCUCGGCCGAAGAAUGGCGGAACUGGAAGUGUGGAUCCUCCUUGUAAAGGUACUGUCGAAGUACAAGGUUGAGUACCAUUACGAAGACAUUGGAUUCGUCGGGAAAUUGGCCAAUGCUCCGGACAAGCCAGCGAGAUUUCGGUUCAUCGAGCUCAAGCCCGGUGCCUAAUUUAGUGCUUUGUACAACCUUUAGUUUAUUCUUAAUGUGGUCGUUUUUGGUGGUUUUGUUUCGGACGCUUUCAGUGAAGCAGCCUCGAGGUGCCCUUCGUGAAGAAUAAGGGAUCAUUUGAGGCCAUGAAAUGCCGGUACUAAGGAGUGCUUAAUGUGGGCGAACGAGAUCAAGUGUGUGAACCAUUGGUGCUGAAAUAAAGUGAAACAAUGUGCCGCGACAGCACUUACGUGCUCAAAA